AUGGCAAGCGUGAAAAACAAUCCCAGCAGCUGGCCUGGAGAUCUAAGUGAACCUAAGAGAAUUCACACUGGAGAGAAGUCCUGUGAAUAUAGUGAGUAUAGGAAGACCUUUAGUUGGUGUGGAGAUGGAGACUUUAUUAAGCAUAAGAGAAUUCAAACUGGAGAGAACCCCUUUGAAUGUAAUGAAUGUGGGAAAUCUUUUAAGUGGCGUGGAGACCUUAAUAAACAUAGGAGGAUUCAUACUGGGGAGAAACCCUUUGAAUGUAAUGAAUGUGGGAAAUCCUUUAAACAGCCUGGACACCUUUCUGGACAUAAGAGACUUCACACUGAAAAGAAACCCUUUGAAUGUAAUGAAUGUGGGAAAUCCUUUAGGUGCUCUGGAUGCCUUAGUAAACAUAAGAGAAUUCGUAAUAGUGAGAAACCUUUUGAAUGUAGUGAAUGUGGGAAAUCCUUUCAACAGAAUAGUUGUCUUAUUGUACAUAAGAAAAUUCAUACUGGAGGAAAACCCUUUGAAUGUAGUGAGUAUGGGAAAUCCUUUAGAAGAUUUCAUACUGGAGUAAAACCUUUUGAAUGUAGUGAAUGUGGGAAAUCCUUUCAACAGAAUAGUUGUCUUACUGUACAUAAAAGACUUCAUACUGGAGUAAAACCCUUUGAAUGUACUGAAUGUGGAAAAUCCUUUUGGUGGCGUGGAGGUCUUACUAAACACGUGAGAACUCAUAAUGGUGAGAAACCUUUUAAAUGUAAGGAUUGUGGGAAAUACUUUCAACAGAAUGGUCAUCUCACUCUACACAAGAGAAUUCAUACUGGGAAGAAGCCCUUGUAA